CUUAACACCUAGUCACAUCAUUUGCUAACCCAAACUCAUUACUUAAUACUUCCAAUCCCCCUUCUUUGUUUUCUCUCUAUUAUCCCACCAUCAACAAUUUACUUCCUCAUUUCUCUUAACACUCUCAUUUUUCCAAACAAUUUUAAUAAAAUUCUGCUCGACCCACCUUUUGAUCAGGUCUACAUUUUAAUUUAUGUUGUUCGUCUUUCAUUUUUAAUGCUCGUUUCGUUCUACUUUUUGUGUUCAUUCAUCUAAUAUACGUAUUUCUUCGAUUUUCGAUUUGAUUUUACAAUCUGAUUUUGGUCCACCCUUACUCUCAAGAUUAUUACGACGUAGAAAUACGUUAAUAAAAACCCUUCAAAUUAUGUAAAUUUAAGCUCCUUUUCUCUAUCCGAUCUCAAACAAAAAAAAACCAAAAAAAACUGUUAUGAUUAUGUCUAUCUAGCUUGUUUUAAGUCCGUUUUCUUUUUAUUUUCAUUGUUGUUCGAGGUGGCUAUUAUUCAUACAAAGCCUUAGAAACCAACUUAAAAAAAACCAUCAAAUUAUGUAAGUCUAAAUUCAACAAUUUUUCUCAUUUUCCUUUAUCCCAACAAAGAAAAAAAAAACUUUAGUUAUUUAAGCAAAAAAACAAAAAAAAAACCAAAAAAAGAGAGUUAUGAACCCAGUGCCAGAGCCACCGGCGGAAGUGGCGGUGUCGGUGCCUCCGACACCGGAGGGAACACCGGCGCCUCUGUUCCCGAGUCGACGAGUUGACUCACUAUCGUACGAAAGAUCAUCGAUGCCAAGGUGCAACUGCUUUCCGGAUGGCCCGUUUGGGCUCGGGUCGGGUCCUGCCUGCUUCACUGACUUCAAAGCUCCUGAUGUCACCCUCACCCGAAAGCUACUAGCAGAGUUCGUAGGCACAUUCAUCCUAAUCUUCGCAGCAACAGCAGGUCCAAUCGUAAACCAGAAAUACAACGGUGCAGAAUCCCUAAUAGGAAACGCAGCUUGUGCAGGAUUAGCAGUAAUGAUCAUUAUCCUUUCAACAGGCCACAUUUCAGGAGCUCAUUUAAACCCGUCUCUCACAAUUGCAUUCGCAGCACUUCGACAUUUUCCAUGGGUUCAAGUUCCUGCUUAUAUAGCUGCCCAGAUUGCGGCCUCUAUACUCGCAUCGUUGGCACUUAAGGGUGUUUUCCACCCGUACAUGUCGGGUGGUGUUACGGUUCCUUCUGUGGGGGUUGGACAGGCGUUUGCGUUGGAGUUUCUGAUUACGUUUAAUCUUAUGUUUGUUGUUACUGCGGUUGCUACAGAUACUCGUGCGGUUGGAGAAUUAGCAGGUAUAGCAGUUGGAGCCACAGUUAUGCUCAACAUUCUUGUUGCAGGUCCAUCAAGUGGCGCGUCUAUGAACCCGGUGAGGACACUCGGGCCAGCAGUCGCGGCAGGGAACUAUAAGGCCGUGUGGAUAUACUUGGUUGCACCGACACUUGGAGCUCUCGGAGGAGCGGCUAUCUACAAGCUAGUGCAGCUUCAGGAACACGAGGUUGAGCCACCACGCCCUACGAGAAGCUUUCGUCGUUAGGCUAAAAUGGGCUCGGGCUCGGGCUCGGGCUUGGACUCGGGAUUCAUCAUGUGUUAAUACUAUUAAAGGAAACUUUCAGGAAAAAAAUAAGGCAUAGACUAAUAUAUGGUGCCAUGAAACUUUACAUAUUUUGUUGAGGCUUUUAUAUAUGUGCUUCUUUGAUGUGAUUGUGAAUUUAUAUAUACUUAGUGUGGCUUGGCUUGUAACUUUGGUGUUUUUAUAUUUAUGACAUUAUAAGAAAAUGAUGAUAUAUAUGAACUUCUAUUAUAGUA